UUGGUCACGAAUGGCGCGAGCUGCCAAGUCAGGAUACAUGGGUCGAUGUCACGUGAUAUCUGCUUUAAACCAGUUGUCUCCUGUUGUUCAUCAGGGUAGCAGAUUCACUGAGAGUUGGUGUCAGAAGGGAAGCUCUCACGUUCUCACUUUGGGCAUAACAGGUCUGUAGUGGAUGUCAAAGUCAUGUGCAGAGAGAGUUGCUAACCAUCGGUGACCUGUGGCAUCCAACUUGGCACUGGUGAGGACGUAGAAGUCAUGGCGUCAUCAAAAUACGAUAAGUACAUGUCCUUCAUCGCAGAAGAUGUUGUAAAGAAAGCAGGCGUCGACAAGAAUAUUCCCAAAGACCAAAGACUUGCUUUAAAAGAGAGUUUUAUUAACAGUUUGAAACAGCAUACGGAGAGAUUGGUCGACAUGACACGUUCUCAGAUGGAUGCUGAAGUGACCCAGGAGCACCUCAAGAUGCAGUUGACUCACAUGGAUGAUUUCUUGACGCAGAGUUUCAGGCAGAGAAUCCUGCAGCUAGGCACAAAAGGAGAGAAAAGUGACGUUUCCGGGAUGUCUGCAAUGGAAGAUGUCCACGGGAGAGCCAUCAAACAACUCUGGCAACCACUUACUCGAGAUUUGAGACUUGAAGGGACAUCACUCCUUGAUAAACUUCUUGAACAACAAGAUGGCCUAUCAGAAGCCGGUAGGGCCAGUAUCAUUGCCUCCUCUGGCAACCAGAAACAAAAUUGUUCCUUUUGGAAGUUUUGUAAUGAAUUGUCACCUUCAAAAUUUAAGUCAGCGGUUAUCCCAGCAAUGAAAGAAAGCAACGAUUCCACAAACCAUCAGUUGGCGUGCGACAUGGAAGACGCAAUGGCACACUAUGAAACAGUUGGAAAAAACAAAUACAUCUGUUCAUAUUGUAAGAUGAAGGACAAGGUAAAUCUCCGACGAUUGGCAGACGCACUCAUGGAAUGCAACGCUAUAAGUGUCCAAACAUAUGAGGAUUUAGCUUCAGCCUCCCUCAGUCACGAGGAUAAGUGGGGAAGACUUAUAAAAAUGCGAAAACCGAAACCGUUUGCUCGUGCAUUGAAAAAGAAAUAUCCAGAUCUAUAUUUUGAUAUAAAAUGGAAAGCUGAAGCUCUAAUGCAAGGGUGUGUGUGUACAGCAAACACUGAGACCCUUACCGAAGAAGAUAUGGAGGUUGACAAAGACUCAGAUAUUGCCAGAAUGUCAGAUUUUUCAGAUGACACUGAUUUCACCCCCAAACCGAAGGGAAAUAUUUAUGCCGUCUCGUUCCGAAAACCGCGGGUUUAUAUACGUGUACGUACUCGGAUUGGGUUACAACAUAUUCUCAAAUAGACAAUUCACACUCAUUUACUCCAUUGUGUUAGAAAUAACAGACCAGUGACAGAUUCAGAGUGACAAAAGGUUCUCCACAAGACCGUGUGACAAGAGGGAUAAUUACAAAUAAAUAGCCAAUUCCCAUCUACUGAUUUACCCACCUGAACUAGAAAGAAGGAGACCAGUGAGGCCGCCUCAUCCGUCACAAUAUUUAGAUCCAUGCAUAAAGAUUCAUAGUGACAAAACACU